AACGGCCAAGUCCAAGAGGCCGUAGAGCUACUCGAGCAGGUCGUCGCCAUUAAAGCCAAAACCCUCACUCAAGAGCACCCCUCCCGGCUCGCGUCACAGCACACACUAGCAAUAGCCUACCAAGCUAACGGCCAAGUCCAAGAGGCCAUAGAGCUACUCGAGCAGGUCGUCGCUAUUCAAGCCAAAACCCUCACCCAAGAGCACCCCUCCCGGCUCGCGUCGCAGCACACACUAGCAAUAGCCUACCAAGCUAACGGCCAAGUCCAAGAGGCCAUAGAGCUACUCGAGCAGGUCGUCGCUAUUCAAGCCAAAACCCUCACUCAAGAGCACCCCGACCGGCUCGCGUCACAGCACGAACUCGCAAGAGCCUACCAAGCCAACGGCCAAGUCCAAGAGGCCGUAGAGCUACUCGAGCAGGUCGUCGCCAUUAGAGCCAAAACCCUCACUCAAGAGCACCCCUCCCGGCUCGCGUCACAGCACGAACUCGCAAGAGCCUACCAAGCCAACGGCCAAGUCCAAGAGGCCGUAGAGCUACUCGAGCAGGUCGUCGCUAUUCAAGCCAAAACCCUCACCCAAGAGCACCCCUCCCGGCUCGCGUCGCAGCACACACUAGCAAUAGCCUACCAAGCUAACGGCCAAGUCCAAGAGGCCAUAGAGCUACUCGAGCAGGUCGUCGCCAUUGAAGCCAAAACCCUCACUCAAGAGCACCCCGACCGGCUCGCGUCACAGCACGAACUCGCAAGAGCCUACCAAGCCAACGGCCAAGUCCAAGAGGCCGUAGAGCUACUCGAGCAGGUCGUCGCCAUUAAAGCCAAAACCCUCACUCAAGAGCACCCCGACCGGCUCGCGUCACAGCACGAACUCGCAAGAGCCUACCAAGCUAACGGCCAAGUCCAAGAGGCCGUAGAGCUACUCGAGCAGGUCGUCGCUAUUCAAGCCAAAACCCUCACUCAAGAGCACCCCGACCGGCUCGCGUCACAGCACGAACUCGCAAGAGCCUACCAAGCUAACGGCCAAGUCCAAGAGGCCGUAGAGCUACUCGAGCAGGUCGUCGCUAUUCAAGCCAAAACCCUCACCCAAGAGCACCCCUCCCGGCUCGCGUCGCAGCACACACUAGCAAUAGCCUACCAAGCUAACGGCCAAGUCCAAGAGGCCGUAGAGCUACUCGAGCAGGUCGUCGCCAUUAAAGCCAAAACCCUCACUCAAGAGCACCCCGACCGGCUCGCGUCACAGCACGAACUCGCAAGAGCCUACCAAGCCAACGGCCAAGUCCAAGAGGCCGUAGAGCUACUCGAGCAGGUCGUCGCCAUUAAAGCCAAAACCCUCACUCAAGAGCACCCCUCCCGGCUCGCGUCGCAGCACACACUAGCAAUAGCCUACCAAGCUAACGGCCAAGUCCAAGAGGCCGUAGAGCUACUCGAGCAGGUCGUCGCCAUUAAAGCCAAAACCCUCACCCAAGAGCACCCCGACCGGCUCGCGUCGCAGCAGUGGCUCGCCUACAUAUUGAAAGCUGCAGAUUGCGAUGAAGCUAGAGUAUAA